AUGUCUGCACCAACAUCAGCCACCGCCCUGGUCAUAGGCAGCGGAAACGCUGGCCUCUGCGCGGCCAUCUCAGCCGCGGAAUCCGGCGCGCGGGAUGUCGUCCUAAUAGACUCUUGCCCGGAGUCUUGGGCGGGCGGGAACUCGUACUUCACAGCGGGCGCAUUCCGGACAGUCCACGCCGGGCUGGCUGACGUUCUUCCGCUGGUGAAUAACGUCGACGCCGCGACAGCGUCUCGAAUUGAUAUGGAACCCUACACGGACAAACACUUCGGCGGUGACAUUGAACGGAUCUGUCUUGGGCGAUCGGACCCGGAUCUUGCGCGCACGCUUGUGGGCGAUAGUAAUGAGGCUGUCAAAUGGCUUGCAGGGCAUGGGGUACGGUUCCAGUUGUCGUUUAAUCGCCAGGCGUAUGAGAUUGGCGGAAGGUUUAAGUUCUGGGGUGGGAUGUGUUUGAAGACUCAAGAUGGAGGGAAGGGGUUGGUGAGUGAUGAGAGGAGGGCGGCGGAGAGGUUGGGUGUGAAAAUUAUCUAUGGGACUGCGGCCAAGAAAUUGCUUCUGGAUUCUGCUGGGGCGGUUAGGGGUGUUGUCGUUGAGGAUGGGACUGGGGAGAAGGAGAUUCAGACGCGCGCUGUUGUUCUUGCUGCUGGUGGGUUCGAGGCGAAUCCGCGCAUGCGUGCGCAAUAUCUCGGACCGGGAUGGGAUCUCGCCAAGGUGCGUGGAACGCCGUAUAACAAUGGUUCGUGUUUCGAAAUGGCCAUACGUGAUGUCUCUGCGAAGCAAGCGGGAAACUGGUCUGGAUGCCACUCUGUGGCGUGGGACGCGAAUGCACCUGCGAACUCGGGCGACCGGGAGAUUUCGAACGAGUUCACAAAGUCCGGAUAUCCGCUGGGGCUCAUGUUGAACCUCGAAGGAGAGCGGUUUGUCGACGAGGGCGUGGACAUGCGCAACUAUACGUACGCGAUAUUCGGGAAGGCCAUUCUGGCACAGCCAGGGCAUGCGGCAUUUCAGGUCUGGGAUGCCACAAUGACACCGUGGUUGCGGAGUGAGGAAUAUCGCGAUGAGAUUGUCGAGCGCAUCACAGCGUCUACAGUUGAAGAGCUUGCUAAGAAAUGUGCGGAGCGUGGGCUGAGGAAUCCAGCCAAGUUCGUCUCGACGAUUGACGAGUACAACGACGCCGUGGCAGCCUUUGGAGCUGAGAAUCCAAACCACAAGUGGGAUCCGGCUGUUAAGGACGGCCUGUCGACGCAGUCAUCUCGAGUGCAGCUCCCCCUCGCCAAAUCAAACUGGGCUACGCCGCUAAUAGAGAAGCCAUUUGUCGCUGUCAAAGUUACCUGCGGGGUGACAUUUACCUUUGGCGGACUUGCCGUCGACCAUGAAACGGCCGGCGUUAUCUCAUCUGCUACAAACGCUCCUGUGCCGGGGUUGUUCUGCGCAGGCGAAAUGUUGGGUGGACUGUUCUACGACAACUACCCCGGAGGCAGUGGCCUUACGUCGGGGGCUGUAUUUGGCCGCCGGGCUGGGCGUGCUGCUGCUGCACUGGCGCGGAAGCAGAUUGUCAGCCCGAGGCUCUAA